GACAGAACCUGAAAUAGACUUGUCACAUCCUGUGCAACAUCGAAGUAAAACAAAACCACAAGUGAAAGGUUCCAAAUAAGGACAAUAGACUAGGGAGAAGGUUCUAUUUCAAUGCGCGGGAAUCGGUUGGCGCGGGGCGGCGACCCCAUGAAAACGCGCUCACAACGACGCAAAGAGAAGAAGGAGAAGUUAUCCAAAACCAACCGAGUGAAGCGACUGAAGAAACGGCUGGGUCGGAUCGCGUCGAGGGACUUUGCUCGUCAGGAGGACGCACACACAACCUCGCUGAUGGAAUCCUACAUCCUCCGCCGAAAGAAGGAGAGAGCAGAGGAACGAGCCAAGGCGGCUCAGGAAAAGGGUGAAAAAGGGCUGAGCCCUGCCGUGGGUGGUGAUGUCAAGGGAAAGAUGAGGGAGAACGCCCCUAAGGAAGGUUCUUCGCCUAGGGUGUCUUCUCAUAAGACCAACGCCCGCGUGAAUGACGCGCGGAAGGGGAGUCUACAAGACUCAAAUCGGGGGAAUUCGAAAAAAGUCUUUACUCAGGCCCUGUACUAAUAAUGAGGUUUCCUUUCGCAGUAUCGAGUGAACAGAUCCCUUCCUCUUUGCGAUUCGUGAAAAGUGGAUUUGGAUCCAUGCCUGUUGACUUAUUGUUUGGGGAAAGGAAUACAUAAGCAAAUGUAAACUCAUUACCAUAAGAAAAGAAGUCGGUUAAAUUCAUUAA